CGCGAAACAGCAGCUCAGCGGCUCUGCACAGGAAUGCUUUUUUUACAAUUUGGCUCCACUCAAAAGAUGCUUUUUUAUUACAAUUCUCAAACCAUUUAAUCAAGGUUAUUGGCCACCUGAUAAUUUUACCAGCCUUGCUUAUCAAUCAAAGCCUUCACCAAUCUCCUGUUUAACAACUAAGGUAAUAAAUUCCUUUUUGCUGGGAACCACUAGCUGUCUUUCAAGACAAGGGUUUUCUUUAAAGUUUUAUUUUAUUUGUCUUGGUUCAUACUACUGCAAAUAACAACUUUAAAAAUAAAUGUGUUCAAAAUUUGACAGUAUUAGAUCAGUUUUGAUUUAUUCAUAAGAUUGCUAAACCUUUACUGCAAAAUGUUUCCAUUAAAGCCUUGUUUGGCAGACUAAAGCUUUGUUAAUUCUACAUGUCACCCUAUAAAAAAAAGCGAUAUGCCAUCCAGAUAAAGCCUGCUCUCUAAUCCAAAAUGCCAAUAUUAAAUUCCUGCAUGCUUACUUAAUUCUACUAUAGUCCAAAUCCCAAACAAAAAGGCAAAACUUGACCUUCAAACCUUAGAGAGAUCUUAAUAUGGUUUUUUAUAUUUUUAACACUUGUGACACUUGGAGUUCUGAGACAGGUAAACCUACACAAGGUGGAGCUGCCUGCCCCCUCCAUGGACCACGCUCAAAUGCAGCAGAAGAUACUGGGCAAGAAAAUGCCCCACCCUGGCAUUCUUUGAGACCUUACUCCAGGGCUACUGGACUGUCCUAGCCACCAGAGAGUGGGUAAGCCAUCCUAAGUUCUAGCCCUCAUAGGAAAUGUCGACACUGCCAGAUUCAUCACCGACAGAAAAUCGCUGCUGAAGACUGAGGAAGUUCAGGGCAACAACAGCCCCCUUUAAGGUGUCCGUCUCAGAUUCCAAGUCGCACAAAACUCUCAGGUAAGACAUUCUCUAUAUUUGUGGACAUAGAGGCCAUAUAUACAGAGUUCUUCCUGAGUUUUCAGGCUGCUAUAUUAAGUCCUCAGUCUCUAUGAUGGGGUAUUGAUGGUCAACCUAUGUCAUUUACAAACAGGGCCUAUUUUGUGCAGGUCCCAGUCUUCUCACUUGGUUUAUACUUUUUCAGGAUACAUAAAAGCCUUUCUCAUACUUGCUAAAGUUCUGUUACAGCAAAUCAUUCCAAGGACUACAACCAGGUUACAGUGACCCAUGCCUAAAUCAAAGUUGCUAGACUGCCAUCCUGGUUUCACAUCACUCAGGCUAAGAGGUGCCCUCCCAGCCCUAAAUCUGAUCAUUCUGAGUGGUCAUCUCAUCUUCUGUCUCCUACCUGUCUCCGUCUCACAAAGGCCUCGCAGCCACAGUUAACAGGCUAAGUCAUGUUUUGUUAUCCACUUUGGUUCCUAAUUUCUUACAUUCUAUUAAUGAUCAUUUUUACAGCAGGACUCUUUAGCAGUAUUGCCUACAGACUCCAACAUCAUGCAUACCAGAGACAAGCCUUACCAACCUACCGUCUUAACUUUUAUGCUUUCAGAUGGGGGAGUAAUCACCUCUCAUAACUCCACUCCUCCUAACCCCACGUUUAAUUUUCAGAAUUCUGCCUCACCGUGGAAAUGUUUCUACCUCAACAUGGUCCUGAUAGAAUGAUAUGUCUAAAUCAAAGGCACCUUUCCCUUUACCUCACCUGGGUCCUUAAAUAUGACAGUGCCAUGUCUCCUCAUAACAUCUUGUCUCUUUGUUUUUCCAGUCUGACAUACGUGCAUUCACCAGUGAAGCUGUCCUGGCCAAAACACCUGGUACCAGCGUCUACCUGGGCAUCAACCUUCAUCCCGUCAACUCCCCUAGGCUCCAGUACAGCGCCCUUUGCCAGCAGGAAGUAGUUAAAGAGAGAAAGCUUUGCCCCUUUUCAUAAUAACCAUAAGACGGGAUAUGAAAGGUUUGGCCCAGACAGGACACUGUAGCCAGGAAAGCCACAACCGGAAGCAGGAAGCCCCAUCUUGCCCUGCCCCUAGGAAGUUACCUGUGACGCCAUCUUCCCGCCCCUGGGAAUUUACAUAUGGCGCCAAACCUAGGACCAAUGGGCUACCUGUGUAUCCCUAAUGCCCGCCUUAGGUUCCACCCCAAACCGAGGUUAUUUACAGGCCCCCACGCCGCGUGUCUGCCGGAGAGAUCGCCGGACGCCAGCGGUGGGGGUUGCCAGUCAUCUCUCUCCGUGUUCUCAGAAUAAAGGCCGCUUUUUAUUUUAUAUUUCUCAUCUUUUGUUAAUAUUUUUCAUCUUUUGGAAGUAACUCUAUCAGUUUUCACCUACAAUUCUGAUUUUUUCAUAUCAAGUGGCCUUUGGAUGCAUUAAAGUUUAUCAUACAAGUGACAGAGAUGUGGGCACUUUCUUCAGUUUUGCAACCAAAGCAAAUGCCUCACUGGCUUCAUCCUAGGCUGUCCCAAAUACCAGGGCCUCAAAGGACAUGGAGGAUUUUAUGAAAGUGAGAGGCAGUUUCACUGUGAAUUGCAGAUCAUCCCUGAGAACAAUGUGAUCCAUGUGGAAAAACUCAGGGCUUCUAGUCACCACCAGUGAUGAAAGACUCUCAUGGUUAAAGUCCUCAACAUUCAGGUCCAGCUCUCAAAAGAGAAAAAGCUACACCAGACUCUCACCUGGGUCGUAGUCAAAAUGGGGAACGAACUGAAGCCUGAUUACCAAGGGAAAUAGCAACUGUGCAAUGAAAUAAUGAGUCAUGAGGCCAUGAGCAGGAGAAGAAUUCAGCAAUCUCAGGGUCAUAAACCAGACCCAGAGAAGAGGCAUUUGUGAGAAAAGGACACCCAAUAGGACACAAGGUUAGACAGCAGAGAGCAGGCAGGGCUGAUCACAUUGUAUCGCCUUGCAGAAAUGAGAAAAAUCUCAAAUCUGGGACUGCAGGUACAGCUCAGUUGCAUAGUGCUUCACUAGAAUUUGGAGGUGCUGGGUCAGUCUUAAACAUCCACAAGAAAACAGACAGAAGAAAACUUCCAUCCUCAUCCAUCAUGAGACCAUACUCAUCUCAAUCUGUGGACAUCAAUGGGACAUGAGGAGUGUUCAGACUUCACCAAAUUUCAAUCACAGCAGCCAAGGAUGUGCCUAACCAGGGGGCCUAGGAGCUAUGACAGGAAGAAAACCUCUGAGCAGAGAAGCACACAGUCCAGCCUUAACAGGAUAGUGAAAAUUUUUGGUUGAAAAUGAAGACCUCAGCACCGUAUUGCUCUACUUUGCUCUCAGACAGCAGCAGGAUCUGCAGAGCCCCACAACAAAGAGAUUUGAAGCAACUUUGCUCAUGGGAGAGGCUUCCCAUCCUGCCCUUUACUAUGCCCACCAGGAGGCUUCCCUUCAAGUUCCAGAUAAAAACUCAACCUGUCUUGAUUCAUCUGGACCCUCAUUUCAGCAUUUCAAAAUGAGGCUCCCUGCUCAUUUCCUGGAGCUGGUAAUGCUCUGCAUCCCUGCACUGUACCCCCCGUGUCCUGAUCAGGCGUGUGUGCAUGUUUACCUUGCCCGGAGUUCAGAGUGCUCUAAGACACUCACGACAAGUGGCGCCCGAAUUCAGGGACUCCGAAGGUCGCUUAGGAAGAAAAUGGAAUUCAGCAGUGGGUCCCUGGACGAUGGAUCAGGAUCCGCGCCUCCAGACCCUGUUCGCCAGCCCCGGAGACAACUCCCCAAGGAACCGGAACCGUGCCUUCAGAAGCGAGCGCGAAACCAGCUAGAGGCUAAAGAUGCUGAGCUUGUUCCUAUCGCAGCCAUGGCCAGAUUACAGCUAAGAAAAUCCCGCCGCUCACAGCGACCAAAUUUAAAUCCCCUCCCUACAUGGGGACAAUUAAAGAAAUUGACCAUAGAAGGGCAACGGCUUGUCCUUCAAGCAGGAAAGCCUUUAAACCCUGAAAACUUGUUUUUAGCUUUAUGUGCCUUGCUCACCGUUGCAUCGGGGACUGAGGUACCUCCACAUUCGUACUGGGCAUAUAUUCCAAAUCCCCCUUUAUUAGAACCUGUAAAAUGGGGAACUAGUGAUAUUUUACUUUAUACCACACCUAGAGAAAUUUUGUCAGCACCGUGGGCUGAUUUAACCCCCCACAAUCAAGAUGAUGGGACAUUAUUCAAUUUUACUUAUUAUGGUAAUCAAAGGCCUAUUUGCAUUGGGGAACCGCCUUGCAUCCCUCUGGGAUGGCAGUAUUGGAUUCAACAUGGAAUAAAAGCAGGCAACAAAAGGACAAGGCUUCAAGCCUUGGCUGCUCAAACCUUUAAUGUUACCUGGAGAAAUUUAACAGCACCUGACAUAAAUACAUUUCCUGUAUGCCCUGAAUUCACUUAUAAAAAUAUUUCUUAUAAUCCCAUAAUUUGGCAACUAUGUAUGGGAAAAUUUGCUAAAAAUAUUGAUGGGUAUAUUAUUUGGGGACCAUUUGGAAAAUUCGUUAAUGGAUGUGCUGAAUGGAAUGAGACAAGAUGUAAUCUCUCUGUUGUGUAUAGUCUUCCAGAUCCAAAGAAAAUAACUGACGGAGCUCCUAUAUUUCCUCAGAAGACGUCUCUUUUGUGGUGGGGAGAUGGUGGAAUCGCAACCCUGCUGUUGCAGCCGAAGAAUACCCUCAUCACCUUCAAAAUCAUAUUUGGAAGAUUCCAGCCGCUAUGCAACCUGUAACCUUGUACAAUGUUUCCUAUUCAGGGACUAGUCGAUCUGUAUCUACUACUUAUAAUUUUACUAGGUUUAAAAUGUAUAAUAUUACUGUUUGUGCACCUCUGCCUUAUGUCUUUUUAGUGGGAACUUUUAAUUUUACACAUUUUUCUUGUACUUGUUUAAAUUGUCAAUUGUUUACAUGCUUAAAUAGCACACUAAAUUUCACUAAGCCUUAUACAGUUAUGCUGUUACAACAAAAAACUCAUAUUUGGUUGCCUGUAAAUUUAACUCGACCAUGGUCUCAAGACCCAGUAAUUUCUGUUACUACUGAAUUUUUUAAACAUCUGUUAAAACGUACAAAAAGAUUUAUUGGAAUAGUGGUUGCUGUACUGUUAAGUCUGAUAACUGUAGCCUCCCUAGCAGCAGUCUCAGGAAUAGCUUUACAAACCUCUUUGCAAGAAAAACAUGUUGUAGAAUUAUGGCAUGAGAAUUCUCAUGAACUUUGGUUAACUCAGUGGCAAAUAAACGCCAAACUACAACAACAAAUAGACCUCCUUAAACAAACAGUUGAAUGGAUGGGUAGAAAAAUAUUGGCUCUUCAGCAUCAAGUGUUUUUAAAAUGUGAUUGGAAUUCAACUACUUUCUGUAUAACCCAACGACCUUAUAAUCAAACAGAACAUGAAUGGGAAGUGAUUAGAAUGUAUCUAAAUGGAAACACCUCUGCCCAGGAGGAAAUAGAAUCUUUGCAUAAUCAAAUUGACAAGGAUUUUGCAAAGCAAAAUGAUGAUGAAUCCCUGGCACAAUUCGCGCAAUUGCUUGCUCAAUCUUUGAAAGGAUUAGAUUCCAAAGGAAUCUGGCAGAGCAUAACCCACACUUUAAGUGGCAUGGGACUUAGUUUAAUUAUAGUUCUCAUUGCCAUAGUUCUUGUGUAUUUUUACUGCAUAAGACGAAAUACUAUUAAUAACCUGAUCUUAUGGAAAUUAUUGUUAAAAAAUAAAAAGGAAGGAAGUGUGGGGGAUGAGGUCACUUUGUAGGCCCAACCCCCUCUAACCUGCAAUUUACAAUAGCCGCCCUGGUAUGCGAGAAGGAGGUAGAAUAGGAAUGCCUGUUCUCAGUGAGACCCCUCGCCCUCUGGAAUCCAUACUGUGAGCUGGCUUUGUUUUGCAGAAGUCUUGAGGAAGUGGCUGGCCACCCUUUGUGACACUAACAGCAGACAAAUUAACAACAUUCUUGAGCUAAUGAAUUUCUUCCUGGGCUAGAGAAGUUAUGAGAACUGGUUGUGAUUAUUUACUUCACUUAGAUAGUUUUAGAAUAAACAUUGUAGUCUGUCACGUUGUAGCUUGCCACAAAGAAUGCCUUUUCACCACUUAAUUAUCUGGGCUCUGUGAACUGAUCGGGUUUACUAUAUAUGAAUCCUAAAAUAAAGAUUGUGCGUGCAGUGCAGUGUAACGCGGUGCAGACAGUAAA